AUGUCAGCAUCGGAGCCCCUCUCCGUCCCCUCCUUCGCAACGACGCAGCUCACCCUUCUCUCCGCCGAGCUCGCCGCCGAGGUUGCCGAGUCCUCGGCCCUUGUCUCUCACCACGCCCCCACCGCCCUGCAACGCGCGGGCCUCGCCCUCCCCAAUCUCGUCGUCGGCGCCCGCCGCACCGGUCUCGGCGGCCGCACCGUCCUCGAACUUGGCCCCGACCCGGCCGUGUCCUCGGAGCUUCCCGACCACGGCCUCCGCCCCGGCGACAUUGUCUUGGUCUCCGAGCAGCCCACCGGGAAUGCCAAGAAGAAGGAGGUGAAGGAGCUUGAGAGCAAAGGCGCGCGAGGCGUCGUCACGAGGGUGCGCAAUGAGACAGUUGGCGUCGCCGUUGACGAGGGCAAGGGGGAGGAGAGGGAGUUUGGCGGGCGGGUUUGGAUCGUCAAGGUCGCCGACGAUGUCACGUACCGGAGGAUGAGCCAAACCAUGGAGAGGCUUGAGAAAAUGACCGAAUCCGAGUACAGUGCAUUCAUGCGCGUCCUCUUCGGCCUCUCGAGCCCGUCUCCCGUGCCCCGAGACCUGGCAUCAGACUCGGACCUCUCCAAGAUCCAAUGGAUCGACCCUUCGCUUAACGACUCCCAAAAGGACGCCAUCCGGUUCGCGCUGGCAUCGCGAGAAGUGGCUCUCAUCCACGGCCCACCGGGUACUGGCAAAACCCACACCCUUAUCGAGCUGAUUCUCCAGCUGAUCAAACUCGAUCUCCGCAUCCUCGUCUGCGGGCCCUCCAACAUCUCUGUUGACAACAUCGUCGAGCGCCUCGCGCCACACAAGAUUCCCAUCCUCCGCCUCGGCCACCCGGCCCGCCUGCUCCCCAGCGUCCUCGCCCACUCUCUCGACGUGCUGACACAGACCUCCGAGGCUGGGGCCAUCGUCAAGGACGUCCGGGCCGAGAUGGAUGCGAAACAGGCCUCUAUCAAGAAGACCCGCAAUGGCCGCGAGAAGCGCCAGAUCUACGCCGAUCUCAAGGAGCUGCGCAAGGAGUUCCGCGAGCGCGAGCGCCGCUGUGUCAGCAACCUCAUCCGUGAGAGCAAGGUGGUGCUGGCAACACUGCACGGCGCCGGAGGGCAGCAGCUCCGAGACCAGCAGUUCGACGUUGUUAUCAUCGACGAGGCAAGCCAGGCGCUCGAGGCGCAGUGCUGGGUGCCCUUGUUGUCGGCGAAGAAGGCCGUCUGUGCCGGCGAUCAUCUGCAGCUCCCACCGACGAUCAAGUCGCUGAACUUUAAGCUGAAGGCUGCGGCGCUACCGAAAGAGGCCGCGGGCAAACAGAUCAAGGGCAUGACGUUAGAAACAACCCUGUUUGACAGGCUACUCGCUCUGCAUGGGUCAUCCAUCAAACGUAUGCUGACCACGCAGUACCGUAUGCACGAGAAGAUCAUGAGGUUCCCGUCAGACGAGCUCUACGGGGGAAAGCUCAUCGCUGCAGAAGCAGUCAAGGAACGUCUCCUGAAAGAACUACCGUACGAAGUUGAGGAUACCGAAGAUACGAACGAACCGUUGGUCUUUAUUGACACGCAAGGCGGCGACUACCCUGAGAAGAGUGAGGAUGACGAUAAGGACGCUGUCAAGAAGGCAAAGUUCAGUCUGCAUGGGGAGAGCAAGAGCAACGAGAUGGAAGCGGCGUUGGUGCGCCAGCAUGUGCAGAAACUGGUCGACGCUGGAGUCAAGCCGGAGGAUAUCGCCGUCGUGACCCCUUACAACGCCCAGCUCGCCGUUCUAGCGCACCUAAAGGAGCGGUUCCCGGGCAUUGAGCUAGGCAGCGUGGACGGCUUCCAGGGCCGCGAGAAGGAGGCGGUCAUCGUCAGCCUGGUACGGAGCAACUCUGAUGGAGAAGUAGGGUUCCUCGGCGAGAAGCGUCGGUUGAAUGUGGCAAUGACACGACCCAAACGCUCCUUGACGGUGAUAGGGGACUCGGAGACGGUCAAGAGAGGCAGCAACUUCCUCAAGCGAUGGAUGGACUUCCUUGAAGAAAACGCCGACCUGCGUUACCCGGACUUGUUGUCACUUCAGGGGUCUUGAUGCCAUCUUUGGGACGGUGGGAAGCCGCGGCCUCGGAGGUCCGCCACACCUCUCCUCGAUGCCAGCCUUUAUGCGACGGAAAAAAAAAGGCGUGGUCAGUGAGGAAGACCGGACGAUCUGGAAAACAGGCGAACCGGAUUCCUCGGUGUGUUAACCCACUUGAAGUGGCCGUUUACGAGACUGGGAUGGUUCUUUAUGCGAUGCGAUGCGAUGUGCUGGUUCCCCAACACUGCCAAAACGGGAAUGGGCUGCAUUUGUCUGUCUUCUGGCGUGGCAUAUCGUGGAAUUUUCAAGCAGCCGUCAUACCAUGCUCGCGUUCCACCGGGGUUCAGGGGGGAGGGAGCGUCCGUUGACGCAAGUUGAUGGACGCCGGGGCCCAGGCUGCUCGGGUUAUGUCGUGAUCCCAGACGCGAUAAGAAGGGAAAGGCAAAGACUGAAGAGACAGGGCACAGAUGCCAGCCAUCACUGAUCAGACGAAGAAAGUGGCCCCCCCCCCCCCAUGUAUGUUUCAGGUUACUUUCAAGGCUGUUCCCUGUUCACGUGGCCAGACCCGCCAUAUUCUCCUACCGACGAGGACGGGCAUGUUUGACCUUGAACGAUCCGUAAUUGCGCCGCUAGUACACUGUAUUCUGAGUGUUUGCAAGUUUGUGCGCUGAAUAUUCACGGCGUUGGUUGGGGCUGUGAGAGAUUGAUCCGAGUCCACAGAUGAUAGCGGGCAAGUGUCAAAAGCCCUUGGCGCAAGACACCACAAGGACUUGGCGGAACCCCCUCUCGAAGACGACGAGUCUGAUGCUAUGUUCGCUGCAGAUGCGAAACGACAGACAAGACGCCGUGCCCCUCUCGUAUCUAUCUCGUGGCUCGGUCGUUGGCAACUUGCACCGCAGCAGUUCCUCUGGAUCCAUGUACUUGAUGAGGGGCAACGUGUGUGAGGUUCAACGAUAUGGAUCUAGCUCGGAACUGCUGUUGCCGAAUAGUCGCGGAUAUCGUACUAAGGGCGGGCUGCUUUGGUGGCACUUCGGAAUCCGGUGUUUGCCUUGGUAGGCGGGCGCGAAGCGGGCUCAACUUAUGAGUCGUGGUAAGCAUACUGUGAUACGGGCAGAUUGUUCCAAUGGGAACCACUUAGUAUUUCACCCCUCCCAGCAGGAUGGUUCGGCUCUGGCCACAUGCGACGAUGCCAAUUACGGGGCACCCGCUAACUGGACGCAUGUUCCGACAGCCAGAUGGCCGUCGGCGAGCGAUAGACUUGGUGAAGCCGGCUGUAGUGCAUCUUAUGCUCGCUCGAUUGUGCCGUCGGGAGGCCAACGCUGUGUUGACGGGAAGAUCAUAGGCCGGAUACCUCGUUAGAUGGUGCUCCGCCGUGGUUCACCGGGGCGAGUCGAUCAAACCGUCACUGACGGGGGGAGAAUACUUCGCGUUCAAUCGAGGUUGCAUCGGGGGGCUGGAGCGACAAAGCGCAAGUUUGUGCGUGACUCUCACGGUGCAGCCAUGGAGCUGCAAGUUGUCCACGAUAAAACCGCUCCGACAACGGUUGGUUGUCUGGUCGUGCCAUGUGUGCAUGCAGAGUCUAGGAAUAGAUGGCUCGUCGACCAACGUGGCAAGCCGGAUCCCUCAACACCUGACCAUCAAGGACUUCCGGCAGGGUAUCGUCGCCAUUAUGGCGGAGCCCACUCGCAGGAGCUUUGCCAUAUGGUGUUCGCUCAGCCGUCGUGAAAGAUUAAGAAGAAAAAAU